AUGGAGUCAAGACCUCCAUUGGCUCGAAAGCGUACAGCUGCGUAUGCCAGUGAUGAUGAAAUGGCUAUGGACGAGGAAAAUCCGCGCAUUCACCAAUUUUCAGGGUUUUCAAGGAGCCAUGUGAGCUCAGGCACGUCUGAUUCGAUAUCUUUUUCCAGCUCGUCCUACACUCCAUACUUUGACAGACAGCCGACAACAAGCUCUCCCGAUUUGCAGUACGUUCCUGAUGCCGAACUCGACCACUCAUACAUGACGAACAACACUACGCUGGAUACCAUCCCGUCAUCUCCGCCCAUAAUUUCCCAGUCACAGGCUACUUUAGUUGAUACUCCGCCAAAAAUAUCUGCUGAGCGCACGUCCUCUUCUCUAGCACCGGAGCCGACAAGAAAACGGCAGCGUGUGCUCAACAACGAGGAACAAUUGGCUUUGGACCGCGACGGCAGGGUCUACGGCGUGCAGCUGCGAGAUUCGACGUUCCCUGAGGGCUAUCGGCCUAGUCUGUACGACGACCCCAUGUUCUUCGUUGUCAAGAACACUGAAGCGGCAAGCAAAGCUGCCUCUGAAAUCAUUACAGACUUAUUUGAUCAAGAUGUCGAUCAUGCUAGCAAGAUAUAUAACUUGGAGCUAGAAGAGCUCGGAUUGGACUCGCUACCUGAGCAAAUAGCAGACUUCAAAGACCUUGUUCUAUACGGGCCAGAUGGGAUAAUCAAGCCAGUCUUGCACAUUCACGCGUCGAAGAACCAGCUGAGGUCGCUCACCCCCAAGAUCUUUGAUAUAGACGGUCUGGAAGUGCUCUCUCUGCGCACCAACAAAAUAGCGAGAGUUCCCGGUCUCAUAGAGAAGUCAUCUAAUCUGAAAAGCUUAAACUUAUCCAACAACAAGAUCAAGUUUCUACCCCAUAAUAUUCUCAAACUAAAGAAUCUACACACAUUGAGAAUCAGGCCCAACCCGCUUAUCGAACACGCUUCUAGCGAGAACACGCGUGAGGUAGGAGGCUACAAGUCUCCGUACUCAGACUCGACCCUCAAACAUAUAGGCCAACUUCAUUGGACUUCGAAGAACAAACAGGUGUCCAAAGCUGCCUUGCAUGCCAUUUCUCUUGCAAGAAAUUUAUCCGUUCUUCAAGAAACCGAUUUUUCGUCGUUCAACUCUGAGCAAUCUCAUCUCAUGGAAAAGCAUCAGUGGACUCCAACGUUGGUCGAGCUUUCGCUGCGAAAGAUCUCGAACUACCUGAUAUCUCAGUCAGAGCUUAUGAAGUGGAAAGACACCGUGCACGAGCGAGUGUACAAGUUGGCCAUCAAGGCGCUGAUUCACGGCAACAACGGGGUCACUUGUGGUUAUUGCGAGAACACCUGUGUGGAAAGUGUCGCGGAACUGAUGGAAUGGUGGGAUUUCAAAGAUGCGAUAGAGAUCCCAGUGAAGCGAAUUUUUUGCUCCAAACGAUGUGCGAUUUGUUAUUGGAACGAUGUUAAAGUGUAUAUUUCUUAG